AUGGUGGAGACUCUGCGGGGCACCUCGCACCGCGUCGGGCUCUACACCGGCCUCCUCAGUUCGGCCACCGCCUCUGGGAUGCUCCUCUCCGCCUACAUGUGGGCUUCUGUCUCCAAUCGGAGAGGCCGGCGCUUUUGCCUGCUCAUCGGGCUGGCCGCUGGCGCGACAAUCACGGCCCUGCAGGCGUUCUGCAGGAGCUACUGGUUUCUCAUCGCGCUGCGCUUCCUGUCCGGCCUGCUGAACAGUAACCUGUCCAUCACGCGCACGGCGCUGCGGGAGACCUUCCAGCACGAGGGGAGCGAGGACACGUGGGCGUUCUCCACGCUGAGCGUCGCGUUCAGCGCCUCCUGCAUGGCAGGCCCCUCGCUGGGCGGGCUCCUGUACGGCAGGGCAGCGCCCUGGCCGCUGGAAGCCCGACCCUGGUCGGCCGCGAUGCUGCUGUCCACGCUGUUGUACGCGUGCAGCAUGGCUCUCGCCUGGUGGCGCCUGCCAGAGACCGCCUUCCUCGCCGCGCACGCCGCACCGCACGAGGGCCCAGACGGGCUGCGGCGCGUGGAGGAGGAGGGGCCCCCCGCGGGCAGGCAGCGGCCCCUCCUGCGGGACGCGAACUUCCUGCUGCUGCUCGUGAUGGGCGGCGGCCACUCCUACGUGUUCACGGGGUGGGAGAUCGCCUACCCGCUCCUGGCGAGGCUCCCGGCCGUGCAGCGGGGGGAGCAGUGGACGGCGGCACAGAUCGGCGUCGCCUUCCUCGCUGGCAGCUGCGGGCUCUGCGCGUACUGCCUCGCCCUGUACCCCAGGAUCGCCCGGCGCGUCCCCGUCGUGCGGAUCUGGCUCUUCUCCUGGGUCGCGCCGCUGCUCGUGUUGCCCGCCUUCCCGCGGGCCCUGGCGCUCCUCUGCGAGGGCGAGGGCGGGCCUUGCGCGGGGAGGCCCCUGGCCGCGGCGCUCAACUUCGCGGCCCAGGCCUGCAUCAGCGUCCUGCUCGGCAGCGGCUUCAUCAGCGUCCAGGUGCUGCUGAACGGCUACGUCGGCGCCCGGCCAGACGCGCCCACGGCCCUCGCCCUCGCCAACAGCAUGCUCGUGUCGACGCAGGCGCUCGCGCGUGCGGUCUCGCCCGUGGCCACCGGGUGGCUCUUCGCGCUGGGGCUCGAGCAGGAGGGGGAGGGCGCGCCUGGGCUCGGCUGGGCCAGCCGCUCCCUCCCCUUCGACGGCCUCGCGCUCGUUGGCCUGGCGGCCUGCCUGGCGUGCGGGGCGGCCUUCGAGGCGCGGACCUUACUGGCGGGCUGCGGCGGCUAG